UGGUGUUUUUGGGUCAGGUGUGGAGCUCUUUCGUAAAACAGUACAAAGUGGACAUGGCCGACAAGACUGAGUACCGAUUCCUGGGCGGCAGUGGGCUGAAGGUGUCCAACAUCUGCCUGGGCACCUUGACGUUUGGAAACUGGGCGCUUUUCCCCGGCCAGUGCGACGAGGCGGCCUCCCAUGCCAUUCUGGAUCGCUACGUAGAGCUGGGAGGAAACUUCAUCGAUACAGCAGACAUAUAUGCUGAGGGCAGGUCUGAGGAAACCAUAGGAACCUGGUUGGAAAAGCAGCAGCGAGAGAAGUUUGUUGUAGCCACCAAAGUCCGGUUCAACACCAGUAAGGACAUCAACAGCGUGGGGCUGAGCCGCCAUCACAUCAUGCAGUCCAUAGACGACAGUCUGCGCAGGCUCCGUACGGCCUAUGUGGACCUGUACCAGCAUGCCCAGACAGCAGGAGUUCAUCUGUGGCCUCUCGCACGAGGUGACCAUAGCAGUCCUCCCAAGACUGAACAUGGAGGAGCUGAUGUUUGAACUCAACAGAAGGAUUCAAAACCUGGACAAAGAGAACAGCAUCAAGGACAGGCUGGUCAGUAUCCUUAGGGACGUGAUGUUGGAGGAAUAUUGCCAGUUG